AUGUCAUAUACAAAGAAAUACACAUUUGCACCUCUGCCAUACACUGCUCGUGGUGAGUCUAUCAAGCUUGAGACUGACCCCAAGGGCAAAACCUUUGCUUAUACCAACGGUAAAUCUGUCUUCAUGAGAGACUUGGAGAACCCUUCUUUCGCCACUGAGUAUGUUGGACACAAAGCUCAAACUACUGUCGCUCGUUACAGCCCUAGCGGAUAUUAUAUGGCUUCUGGAGAUGCCCAAGGCAACGUCCGUAUCUGGGAUACUGUGAACGAGGAGCACAUUUUGAAAAACGAGUGUCGUCCAAUUUCUGGCAAGAUUAAGGAUAUUGCUUGGGAUAGUGAGAGCAAGCGUUUGAUUGCAGUUGGUGAAGGCAAAGAAAGCUUCGGCCAUGCCUUUUCUUUUGAUUCCUUGUCCUCUGUAGGCGAGAUUACAGGUCAUUCUAAGGUGAUCAACAGCGUCAGUAUUCGCCAACAACGUCCAUUCCGCGCCGUUACUGCUUCAGAUGAUAUGACGGUAGCCUUCUUCAACGGCGUACCUUUCAAAUACGCCAAAACCAUCCGCGAUCACACUCGUUUCGUUCAUUCUGUUCAAUUCUCUCCUAAUGGCGACUUCUUUGCCAGUGCUGGUGCUGAUGGAAAGAUAUUUUUGUAUGACGGCAAGACGGGCGACAAGAUUGACGAGUUGACUACCGCAGAGAAUAGCCAUAAGGGUAGUGUUUUCGCUCUUGCAUGGUCUCCUGAUAGUACCCAACUCUUGUCUUCUUCUGCUGAUUGUACUGCCAAGAUUUGGGAUAUAAAUGGUAGAGCUGUGGUCAAUACUUUUGAUAUCAACUCUGCUGUUUCUGCCGUUGACAAUCAACAAGUGGGUAAUUUGUGGAAGGGCGAUUACUUGAUCACUGCAUCGUUAUCUGGUGGAUUCAGCUACUUGGACAAGAAUAGCGGUAAGGUCUCUCGUCACAUUGAUGGUCAUAGUAAGGCCAUUACUGCUCUCACUGUUUCUGAAGACGAUACCUUAUUUACUGGUUCAUAUGAUGGUCGCGUCUUUGGAUGGAAGUAUGGAGGCGAAGGAGACCAUACAAAGGCUGAGCGUAUUGAAGGUGAGGGUCAUGGCAAUCAAGUUACUUCUCUGGCUUUCAAGCAGAACGAGCUAUUAUCUGUUGCCAUGGAUGACACUGUACGUCAAGCAUCAAACAACGAUUUCAAAUUCAGCGGAAAGAUUGCUACUACUGGAUCUCUUCCUUCUUCCAUCACUGUUUCAGAGAACAAGACGACUGUUGUUGCUACCAACGAAACAGUUAUUGUGUAUGAUGAUAAACUCGAAAAGAUCGGCCAGCUUGAAAAGCCUGGAUUCACACCCUCUGUUGCUGACAUUAGCCCUGAUGGCAAGACUGUCUACGUUGGUGGUCAAGACAACAAGGUUCGCGUAUAUGAAUUGAGUGGUGGCAACUACACAGAGGCUGGAGAAUUAAGCAAAAAUCUUGGUAAUAUCACGGCUUUAGCAGUUCAUCCCGAGGCAAACUUGAUCGCUGUGGGCGACAGUGUUGGCAAGAUCUUUAUUUAUGAUACCGAAUCAAAGGAAACUAAGAUCCAGAGUUGGGUCUUCCAUACCAGCCGUAUCACAUCAUUAGACUGGUCCAAAUGUGGUCAAUUCUUAGUCAGUGGCAGCAUUGAUACCAACAUUUAUGUAUGGAAUCGUGACAAGCCCUUCAAGAAGGUGGCCAUCAAGAAUGCUCAUGUUGAUGCUGUCAACAGCGUUCACUUUUUAAAUAAUGCCAGUGGAUUAAGCAUAGCAUCUGUAGGUCAAGAUGCAGCUGUCCGUGUGUGGGAUGUAGCAUUCUAA